UAAAAGAACCUUCUCGCAGUGUUUUAUCAAAAGUUUGUUUAUGCUUUAUUUCUUCAGAAUUAGAAAUACAUUACCAAGUUUCAAUUUUUUCUGUUGUAUGUUUUAAACUUAACCCUUUAUUUUAAAAUAAUAUAUAUUACAUAAUAUUUGUGAAGCGAUGACAAUUCAUAAUCUGUACAUAUUUGACAGAAGUGGUAAUUUGCUGUUUUAUACAGAAUGGUUCAGAGUGAAGCAAUCAGGGAUGUCCAGGGAAGAGGAGGCCAAGUUAAUGUACGGGAUGUUGUUCUCGAUAAAGUCAUUUGUCGCUAAGAUCUCCCCGCUUGAUAUGAAAGAAGGGUUUUUAUGCUAUAAGACGAACAAAUACGCUCUGCACUUCCUCGAGACACCGACCGGAUUGAAAUUCGUCCUGAACACCGAUGUCAAUGCGCACAACAUUCGAGAUCUCAUUAGAAAAUUGUACAGCCAGAUAUACGUUGAGUACGUUGUGAAAAAUCCUGUCUGCAGUCUUGACGAACCGAUCAAGAGUGAUCUUUUCAAAGAGAAAUUGGAUGCUUUUAUAAAACAAUCACUGGCAUAUAAACCUCUAUGAUUAAAAAAAAAAAAAAUGUAAGUUGUAAAAUGUUAUAUACUUUUGAUAAAACAAUUAUGACAUAUGAGCAUAAAUUAUAUACAAUAUUGAACAUAAAAGCUCUCGCGUCAUAGAACACUUGUAAAUAAGCAAUUUUAUAUGUGAUAAAAUAUAUUUAUGUAAGAAUU